GUGAUGGAACGACCGUUUUCGCCGCUAUUCAAUCAAGUGUUGCCGGUAAAAUCUCUGCACUGUUAGUCUCGCUCCCACCUGCGCCUUCUUGAUUUUCCUCUUGCCUAGGAGGAGAGUACGAGCGAUGGUGGUUACCGGGGAGUGUGUGUGUAUACGCCGCGAGGGGGGGCAGUGAGUAACAAGCCUUUUUGUGUGCCAUAUACCCCCGCGACCUCGGCCCAUUGUAACCCGUGAUGUUCCCCAGCGAACCCCAAGCGCGCGAUGUGUAACACGGUGCGAAUUUAAUUACCGAUAAUCCUUUCGGGUCGCAAUUGCUCUGCGACAGAGGCGCCGUGCGGACUAGCUUUGGCUGUUGUAUCAGGAAGAUCCUGUUGGAAAAGGCUUUUCCUCCAGGUUACGUGGGUUGGUUCCGUGAUUGAGUUUCCAAUUGGAACAGUGAAUGCAUGUUGCUUAGAUCUGAUAGCUUAGUGGGACAAACCGAACAGAUUUGCUUUUGCGGUGGAAUAAGUGCAAUUUAAGGAAGCGACGGUGUUUGUUUUUUUUUUUUUUACUUCGAAGGGUUUGUGGGCUUCGAGUGCAAUGCAAUGCAGUAAAAUGGCUACAAUUAUGUCGCACAAUUUACCGUUGAUUCCGCUGCCGCUGAAGGCAACUACCGCGGCAGCGCUGGCGAAGACGACCGCCGGUUUGAUGAUGUCCGGGUUGCUAGGAAAGCACCCGGUAGAGGAUAUGUACUCGAGCGGAGUCGUUGGCAUGCCAGCGGAUCGCAGCAGUCCGGAUAUGACGAGUGAGGCCAGGUCGAGUCCGGAGUCGCUGAUGAUGGCACAACCGAAGGAGCAAGAUGAUGACCGGAUGAGUUGUUGUAGUGAGGACAGUGAGCUUUCGGUCGGUCAGGAAGGGCUGGGUGAAAGUGACAAAACUAUGAACAGUGAUGAGAAGAUGAGCGUAACAAGUGUCGGGUCGAGACUGGCGGGAGUCGAUAUGGAGAAGCUGAUUGACAGACACAGUGUGGAGGCUUCGGAAGAGAUGAGCAAUGACUCUUCGAGAUAUUCGAGCACCAAGGAAGCAUCGGAUGAUUUUAUGAAGAUUCCCGUGAUGAGACCUAGCCCUACCAGAUUGCAUGAAGAGUUCCUAAGAAAUUCACAGCUGUACGCUGAAGAGCUGAUGCGGCAACAAAUGCAGAUAGUUGCCGCCGCAAGAGGCUUGAAUUUAAGUCCCAAGCCACUGGACUCGGCGUUGGGGUUGGUUUCUCGAUUACAGGAUAAUCGCAGUCCUGCCAGAUCUGCUUUUGCAGAAGAACAACGGAUAGGAUUUAGGCCGCACAUUCGUGGUGUGGGGGAACUCUAUCAAGACCCGAACCGAUGGUCCGAUGAACGAAGCGUUCGAUCACCUCCAGAAUCAUCUUCCUUCCGAGGGAUUCACAGCCACCUGAGCGCUAUCUCGCAGAUUACCCAAAAUCUGAACAGUGACAUGGGUAAACUUGCUUCCCCCUCGAGCCUUACCAGUAUGGCUUCACGUGAAAGUUCCCAAUCUCCACCCCAGGGGCCUGCCCAUCUGUUACAGUUAAACAACAACAUAGCGUUGAACGAUCAAAACCUCAAGUUCAGUAUCGAUAAUAUUCUGAAAGCCGAUUUCGGCCGUCGGAUUACGGAACCACUGAAAAGAAGUGGUAAAAGUUACGCCAAAAAGCCGUCGGCUUCGGUGGAAAAGUCCUCUGCCGCGAUAGAUCUGAGUUCGAUGGAAAAACUUAGCUCCGGCUUGGUUGUAAAUGGUGCCGCCGGCUGCGAUAUGAACGGCAACGGAGCUGGUGUUUGUUCUAGUGCCAGUGUUGCCAGCAGGAGCUUUAACACCAGUAGUUCUAGUGCGAGUGGAAGUGAAAUCGAAGUGCCCGCGUCUCCGCAAUCCUCAACCGGUUCGAUCAAAACCGGUGGCGAUGGCGGCGGGAGUAGUGAACGAACGGGAAGCAGCAGCAGCGGCGGAGGCAGUAGUGGUCCGAUUGUAUGGCCCGCCUGGGUCUACUGUACCCGCUACAGUGAUCGUCCUAGUUCAGGCCGAAGUAAGUGUCGCUCCGUUGAUUGUUAUGUCCAAUAUCUUCAGAUUCUUCCCCGGUGCGCUGUCAGUAAGUCCCCGAACGCGUAAACCAAAGAAGAGUCCCAGCGAGAAGGCGUCGACUGGUAGCAGCGGAACCAGCAGUGGCACCAGCGGAACCGGAGCUCUAGCGGACGAUAAGCGACCGCGGACGGCCUUCAGUGGACCUCAGCUAGCGAGA